UGGGAGAGAGGGGAUGUGACCUACGGCGACGCAGAUGGGAUCGCUUCCGCCAUGUUGGAUGGAGCUCAUGUAGCAUUAGUAGUAGUAUAGCGUUGAUGCCUGUAAAAAUUCAAUUUUUUAAAGUUUUUGAGUGAGUUUAGGGUUAUUUAUUGAUAAUAAUAGUACCAUGGCUUCGUGUGCUUUUCCUCUGUGUACAAAUAACAAACGAAAGAACCAGAAAAACUCCACGGGGAUAACAUUUCAUAGUUUUCCCAAAGAUGUUGAAAAGAGAAAGGCUUGGGUACAGUUUGUACACAGAGAGAAUUGGGAACCAGCCACCAGCAGCAAAUUAUGUACGAAACAUUUUGCCGAGAGGGAUGUAGAUCGGACUUCAUUAGUUUGUAUUCGUUUGCGAGAAAACGCAGUCCCUACAAUUGGUGAAUCUCAGUUUUUGGAAAAAAAUCAAUAUUUCUCCCUUCGGGAGCCUCCAGCCUCAUACAUCACUGGUGAUGCCACUUCAAGGCAAAAAGGAACAGGAUGCAUCCUACAGACAGCAGCACCCAACAUCUCUAGUUGCAGCGACCUGAGGCCACAACAUCUGCCCACAGUCACAGUCUGAGGUCUACAAGUCGACAGCAGUACCAUUCGAUAUCAAGGAGUUACCAUCGAACCAAUACCAACAGCUAUAAGUAUAAUCUAAAAAUUGUUAGCUUUUGGCAAGCAUUUGAAUAUAUUAUGUUAUUGAAUUUAAUAAGUCAUAUUUUAAUUAUAUCUUUAUUGAAUAAUAAACAUGAUUAGUUAAAAUAUUGUUUUGUUUGCUUCCAUUCUAGAUUUUCAGUGUUCAUAUUUUUGAUUAAGACAAGGUGGACUCACAACGUGGCAGAUUGAGCUGGUCUAGGGUAAAAAUGAUAACUAUCAUAGUUGGAUGAAAUGUUAUUUUUCUAUAUUAUUUCAAUUGUCUGGAGUAGUUUAUCGUUUCAGUACUAGAAGUAUAUACAGUGC